AUGAAGUUUCUGACCAUCGCUGCAGUUAUUGCCCUAAUUUCUGUAUCCUCGGCUACCUUUUCUGUAGGAUAUGGUGGUUUAGGGAGCUUAGGACUGGGCUAUUCAGGACUUGGAUACUCUGGACUUGGCUAUGGCAGCAACUAUUUGGGAGGCUAUGGCGGUAACUCCUUGGGAGGAUAUGGCGGCUACGGUGGACUAGGAUAUGGAAUUGGAUACUAUGGUAGCGGAUGGGGGUCUUAUUACCCAAGUUAUACUAUUGGCGUUGGAAAUACCUGGUGUUAA